AUGGCGUCAACGCAAGCCCCUCCCCCGACGGUGAUCGCACAAAAGCAAGCCUUCCUAGCAGCCCAGAGCCGUCUCCUUUCGCUGCCCCUCCAGCCAUCCCCUUCCUGGCUUGCCGCAAACGAAGCAGCUGAGACCCCAAUUCCUGACCCAGUCGUUGAGCAUGUUGUCGCCCGGCUCAACAAUGCCGUACUACAACAUUCGCGGCGCGCCUACUCGCACCAGGCGAGCCGCCAUGUCGCCGAGCAAAUCGACGCCCUUUACCUGUCCCAGCCGUUCGCGGCGCACGACGACGAGCCAGGCGAGGGACUGCCUCUGUCUUUGGACCUAACUGAGGAGGCGGCCGUUAAGUCCCUUCCUUCGACAUGGCCGGCCGAUCGCGACGUCAUCGCAUACCCUAUGGAAGCUAGGCGAUAUGAAGAGCAAGUAGAUCGCCUUAGGUCGCUCGCUGAGAGGAGGCGGCAGGUUGAAGCCCGCGUGGGACGGGUGCGGCGCAUGGAGGCUCUACUUGGCCCUUUUCGCUCCGACAAUGAUGGUAUGGGCGUGCAGGAGAAUCUUGUUACCCGCGACGGUGAGAUCGAAAAGGAGAUGGAGAAGAUGCGAGUUCUUUUGGCACGCGUCGGCGGUCGUGUCAGCCUUCUGCCUGAAUCCACGGAAUCUGGAAGCUUGUUCAGGGAAGAUGACUCCCCCGUCGUGGAACGUGUGACCGCAGGAGAGAAACGAAAGCUUGAAGACCUCCUCGAUAGCUUCUGA